AUGGGGUACGGCCACUCCACCCCGGCCACGUGGGGCGGCAAGACCUUCUGCAUGUUCUACGCCCUGGUGGGCAUUCCCCUGGGCCUGGUCAUGUUCCAGAGCAUCGGUGAGCGGCUCAACACGUUCGUCGGCUACCUGCUCAAGCACGGCAAGCGCUGCCUGCGCAUGCGCAACACGGAUGUCUCGGAGACCAACCUCGUGUGCCUGGUGUCGGUGCUGAGCACCGUGGUGAUGACCACGGGCGCCGCCGCCUUCUCGGCGUACGAAGGGUGGGACUACUUCGACUCCUUCUACUACUGCUUCAUCACGCUCACCACCAUCGGAUUCGGCGACUACGUGGCGCUCCAGAAAGAGGGCGCACUCAAGCAGAAGCCCGAGUACGUGGCCUUCAGCCUGGUGUUCAUCCUGUUCGGCCUCUCGGUGGUGUCUGCCGCCAUGAACUUGCUCGUGCUCCGCUUCCUCACCAUGAACACCGAGGACGAGCGGCGGGACGAGGCCGAGGCCCAGUGCGCGGCCCAGGAGGCCGUGCGGCUCGAGGGUGACGUCAUCACGGCUGACGGCAGCGUCGUGUCCGGCCACGGCGGCGGGGACCACUCGGACACGGACGACGUGACGUCGGUGUGCUCGUGCACGUGCUACGCGCACGGGUCUUCCAGGCCGCCGCAGACGCAGCAACCAAGGUAUUCGCUGCGCUAUUCCCCGUCACCGGUCGAAUCGUCGCUGGUCCACGACGACGUGUUGCUACCCAUGGACGCACUCAUGAUGAAACGGGCCUCAGUCUGAGAAGCCGUCUAGCGCUCCACACCCUCGCACCUUGGUGUGGAAAGGGUGUGGAGAAGGCUGGGAACUUGGACGCUACACCUCGCCACUGCGAUCGCCCCCACACGUUCCUUUCUUUGCUUUUUCUAUCUCUCUCUCUCUUAUUCUUAUUCUUCGAAGUAUUGUAUCUUUCUAUCUUCUUCUUCUGCUUCUUCCGAAUCGCUCCCAUUCGUCCGAACGAGCCGCUCUGUCGUCGUCAUCGUAUCACGUGACCCGAAAGGCCAUCGGGAGGCGGCGCCUGAUGAAUCGCCUGCGCAUGCGCGUCCCCCAAUUGGCCCUGCCGAAGUGGGCCCACUGUGUCUGAAAAUGUGCUGUUGCCGCCAGCUUCCCGCUCGCUUCGGCGCGACAGGUCACAAUAUAAAAAAAAAAUGAGAAUGGAAUUAUGCGAAUAAUAUAUAUACGCGUAUAUAUGCCAGGUUAAUUGUUUUUUGUUUAGUUGAACGAUUCAUUAAAAUACGUCUACGGCAGAUGGAACGAUUCCCGAAUUAGGUGGAUUACUUCGAAUGGCGGCAUUACUUGCACGACCAAUCCUAGUGAGAUGUUAGCUAAUUCGCGAAACACUAACUUUUCAUUACUCGAAUAAGGGGUCAUGCCUAAAGGCUUUUUAAUGGUACAUCGAGAAACGCAUGUUCGUAGAAGCCAUCCACCCUAUCCUACGAUUAACUAACAAGACAUGCCCUAUCAGAUUUCCAGCAGGUUCUAAUAGUUAGUCCAACAGUCCGAGCAAUCCGUUAUUUCCCGACACGUCGUCCGAAGGAUCCGACGCUAACUUUUCACGUAGUGCCGGCCUGUUUACCACCUUAGUGGUUGCGGCGUGUAGGAACGGUCUUAGAUGUUUUGUUGCUGGCUGCGCGGCGUGCUUCGGAUGUGUGGGAGCGUUCUAUCGUCAGUACAAAGGAACAAUGCUCGGUAUUUUACAAAGUGCUAUAGUCGCAUGGUGGACGUCGCAUCACCAGGGUAUUAUUGUGUUCUUUGUGCUCAAGGAAGCGAACAUCGUGUGUGCUCUUGGAACUUCGUCGUCUGCUGUCGUCUCUCCAGACGAACAGUUGAUGGACGCACCGAGCUGACCAUUUGCUUCGUUGAAUCCCAACGGUGCGUGUUUACUUUUUUCCCCACACGGCCGGCUGCACGGUGGUUGAAAGAAGAAGACCUGGAAAACCAACUCGUCCUCGAGAUGCGUGGAGUGUGCAUGUGUGUGUGUGCGCGCGUCUUCGAGGAUGUACAUAUAUGUCACAAGCAGACGACUGUGUUCGCUACGAACAAACAUGCCCGUCUGUUCUUAAGAAGCGUAGGCCACAGCCACAGUUGUGGAUGUGAGGAUGAGGCCUUGCGCCAAAGCUUCAUUUACUGGCAUUAGUGUGGUCUCACUUCCUUUUAGUCGCAAACGCGUUUUCGGAAUCAAAUAUCCAUCGACUUGCCAAGCGCGAAGCGGACAGCAGUGACGUCGCUUGACUGACGUAGACCACGGCGUCCCAGAAUAAAAUGCCGCGGCACCACCGCGCCGCCUAUAGUCACGGAAGCCAAGCGGUAACGCUCCUCGGGGAUUUCUGCGCUGAUGAGUUGCUUCAGAAACGCCCCUCUACUCGCUCACUGAAAAUGUCUGGAAUUGUAUAUCAGAGGUGGCUAGAAAGCAUUAUUUCAAAGCCUCCAACAUUUCAACAGAGCCGGCGCAAUCUCAGAGGCCACGUUUACUGGUCGAGAUUGGAGCCCAGACGCGUUUGUGGGAACAUGGGGGCGAGGCUUCUGUAGACACUACACUGUCCAGAAUGCUCAAGACGGCCCGGGAAUGCCCGUGAUUCUGCGUGCGUCAACGCUGAUUGUUUGAAAGCAGCUAGUACCUCGGGCACACCUGAGCAGUCCGGAACGACUAAUGUAGGAAACCCAUUGUGACGUCAUGCCAGUGUCAUGCAGAGAGUGGAACACCGUUAGGCCUCACACUCACUCCGGCAACGGUUGAAGUGGCCUACAGGUUCCUUUUUUCUUGUAAUAGAUGGUAUACAUGUUCUGCCCGCGGGAGUGUCGUACUUUUUUUUUCUGUUGUUGGGCUUUCAAACAGAUUAACUUACGUGUGUGCGUAUUAGAAAACGUGUUGUGCAGCAGGACUUAGGGGGGGUUCAGGAGUGAUCACGUGACUCUUUAGAUUUAUUUUUUACUUACUCCCUUUUUCCCCUCAGCGAACUCAUGUUGUGCUUAGAGGUUAGACUUGGUAAGUAAAGUGGUGAACAAAAAUCUGUGCGAACACCAUAUCCUCUCUUUACUGAUGUCGAGUGAUCCAAUGUGUACCGAAGCUUGUACAACGUUGCAGUGACGACAGAUAGACUUGGUGCUAACCUUGCUAACUCAGCGUUUAAUCGGUCGCACGCUGCCGGUGUUCGUACUUUCUGUAUUUCCUUUCUUUCUUUUCACUAUUCUGAGCCGGCUAAACAAUCCUUUCUACUCCUAUGCGUUCCCCUGCUUUUAAUUUUAGCAUUCGAAGAGUUUGUUAAGGGCUAGUCAGUUUGCGUGCGACUUCGUGAUGCUUUUCUAAAUCGACAAGCUAAAUGCAAGGAAACGCACUUAUAGAAUGACGCAGCAACGCAUAGUCGCACCGUUAACUUGGUUGAUAGUGCCCUUGUGUGUCUGUGUCUUCUCCUUUGUGUAUUAUGCUUUAUAAGACAUAACGUAUUGAAACAUUAGCAAGGUAAGCACGAUAUUGAAUUGAAGUCUGGGAUUUUUCGUGCCAAAACCGCGAUUUGAUUAUAAGGCACGCCGUAGUGGCGGACUCCGUAUUAAUUUUGACCAUCGGGGGGCUCUUUAACGCGCUCCCGCAAUGCACGGGAGACGGACGUUUUUGCAUUUCGACCCCCAUCGAACCGCGGCCGUGAUUCGAUCCCGCGACCUCGGGCUCAGCAGAGCAACACCAUUUCCGCUAAGCCACCGCGGCGGGUAAGCAAGAUACUGAGUGCAGGUUAACAGCCCCAAGUGGUCAAAAUACACCAGCCCGUUGCAGUAGCCCUCAUCAAUCAUCAUCGGAAGUGAACAUAGAGAGGUAGGUCAGUCGGUAAGCGUCGUCACUGCAACGCUUCUUGAGCCGGCAGUUUUCGUCGCGGAUUUUCUUCCGUGCUCGUUUGACACACCCCGCGCGGAAAGAACCUAUAGGACCAAAUCGAUCAGCUUUACCGUGUACCGCGUACCUCCUUUAACGAGUCGACGAGACGUUUUCGAGUCAAGGACCAACCGGACCAGUAUACCGCCUCCAGGGCACACAUUCCCAGAACUCUCUCCGCAAAGGGUUGACGUCAGCCCCGGGGAUUUGUAUCUUAACUCUGUGCUCGUUCGAUGUACGUCAAUGGAUGUGUGCGUGACUGUUUCCUUUUAUUUUCUUCUUUCUCUCUACAGAGCAGUGUUGUGAGCCUUGCCUUACGAAAUACUUGAACCGUUGAAAAGUGUCUUUCACUCUUUUGCUGGACAGGAACACAACGCUGGGCGGAAAAGAAAAAGGGAAAUCGAGCACUGGCAGCUCGAAAAGAAAAUGUCACCACCGGCGUUGCCCCUUUCUGCUAGGCAUCCUCCUGGCGGUGAUACGUUCAUCGUCUGUAUCGGAAAGCUUACUGAACCUCUGUGCUAAAGUCACAGUGUACCUGGGAAGAUCUCGUAUGUGGGAGUGCACGUGCGAGGUGAAACGUGGAGACGAGGAGGUUAACCAUGAACAUAGCCUCCAAGAUCGGCUACGCGCGGAGGCUUUCCGCGUGAUUUCUAAUCUCGGAGGACAUGUUAAUAAUGUGCAAUUCGGUUACGUUACCCAGGAAGAACGGUAAGCGAGGCACAAAGGAAAAAAAGAUAGGACUACGGUUGCGCCCACUGUGAAGCAGACGUUACCGUUCCCUUGAGCUGGUUGCACAGUCCGCCAGUCUUCAAGAAGCUCUGCACCACCGAGCCACAAACACGGUGGUGCAGAGGCGGUGGUGGUCUGGUGUCUUGGGGGUGAGAUGGCACCUGAAGCCGCUGCUGAUUGACUAAAUGCGCGUCAUGAGCGGCAGGAUGACAUCUGUAAACACUCAGGCUCGAAACUGUCAAGCCAUUUGGAAUGUAGGUCUUUCCGCAGUGUUCUACAAAAUUUCAUUUCCGUUUCUUUUUCUCUUCUUUUUUUUCGCGUUCGGUCUGUGUUCCUGUCCAGCAAGCGGCAAACUAAACACGCCCCAUUAGAUAUCCCCGUUUCAAGCUCCGGCAAUGUUUCCGUGGAAACGCUCUACAGCGCUGUUUAUGGCUUGAGUACGGGUCGUCCUUACGAUAGUUCGAGCACUGACGGUGCGCAUUACUGACAGUAUUCGCUAAAGGGUCAGGAACACUCAAAAUAAAUAUUAAGUUCGUCGACAGUGUGAUUGUUCAUGCCAAAUACGUUAGCCUUGCCGCAAGCGGAGGCUAGCCCGCCGCCUUUCGUUCUUGGAUUGUUCGUCGCUUACCACGGCAAGCCAAGAACAAUCCAAAAACGAAAGGCGGCUGAUGCAUCCCUCACCAACUACUUGUGACGUCACGAAUUUUGACAGCGCCUUUUCGAGGCUAUUUACGAACAAAGCACGAAUGCAUUGCAUUAGGAACUACCGAAGACUCAGACCGGAAGCUUCUCGCGACGUUUAUUAUGGGCACGGACAGCCCAAACAUACGUUAGAAUCACCUCUCUGGUUUCUAACGCCGCAUUCACGUCGCUCACAUCGCGAAACAUUUUAGAAUAAAAGCUUGGCGCCUCGAGUUUCUCUUUAAUAGCCGACCCAUUUCUGCCGAGGAAAUGCAAAUAGAUGUUUGAAAGAAUAUUAUAUAUAUAUCUGUCUAACCGGAUUUAGUGCUACUUUUUGUGUCCUCUCUAAGCUCGCAAUUGCGAUUUGCGCGCCUGAUUCGCGGGCCAUACGCUACACAGCAUGCUUCCGAAACCAGCCACAUGGCUCGUAGCGCGCGGUUCCCUUCUUUAGAGAACUGCAUCUCCUUUAGCGGAGCUACAUUCAAGCUUAGAUAAUUUCAAGUCCGGCCAUUUUUUGCUAUUAACCCUUACAGGCUAAACGUACAAGAUAUGCGCUUCCAAGAUGUAGCUUUAUUCAGUCGCGUCGCACUUAGUCCCCAGCUCUCCGCUGACGCAGGCCCCGACUCCAACACGGUAUCUGCCAAAGCAUCGUCAUCGUCAUUCUGCGUACAUCGGGCUCUUGCUAGGUUUAUUUACAAAUUCAGGAUCUAGAGCUGUCAUCAUAUGAUAAUCGCUACACAGAGCGAGCGGUUGGCUGUGUCAUUACGGGGGUUACACAAGUGGCAGGUAGAUCUCGAGCCGAAUCAACCAAUUUUGUAACAUGCAUUUCGUAUCGCCAUUGAUAAUAAAACGUACAAACCUAUUAUUUAACCCCUGCAUUAAACAAAACGGUACGAGAAAUAGACAUGCACGCUUCUUAUCUAACGCACGCAGCAUGCUUCCGUGAGAAGUUCUACAAUACGUUGUUAACGUUGGCGCUCAAAAAUGGCCUGGCAUAUCAUGUUGCUGCAACCGCACGAUUUGCGGUCAAAUAUAUGUCCUUCAGAAGUAUAGGCCUUUAUUUUUUCUCAGUGUAGAAUUUCCACGCAUAUGUAUUAUUACGAGAGUAUUCACCUACGACUGGUAUGAACUGAUACUCGAAUCAUAGCCUCCGAGAUUGGGCGGCGCGCGGACAGCGCGGGCAUCUCUGGGGCCAUUAACUGUUUAACUGUAACUAUUAACUGGGAAGACGUGCGCCAACCGUGUGGUAGCGUUUCUACAAUUAAAAAAAAAGUACGUUUCAGUACCCGUUUGAACAUCCAGCUGCGUUUACUGUAAUCCACACUGCCUCGCAAUAUGUGUUAAUCAUUUUGCGUUCUACGCCUCCUUGCGCGAGUUUUUGGGCUUUCUUCGCCCUGCAGCGGGUAUCAUAUGUACUCGUGCACUGUUGCAGUGGUGGCAGUAGGGUUUAAGUAAGAUGAUGACGAUGGUAAUGGUGCCGAUGGCGAUACCAUCGCCACUGCAUGUCUGUGUAACCUAUUCCUGUAACCAGUUUCUGGACUUGCUGCAGUCCCAAAACACCUCGCUGGAGCAUUAAGGGACAACAAUGGCGGUAACGCUAGAUUGCGCGGAAGACUCAACUACACGUCCCAACAUGAUGUCUGGUUUUUUUUUCGCAUUUUAAUUUACGCCGAAGGCUUAGCAAUUUACGUCCUAUCACCAGCGAUGGACAUUUGUCUAUACAGAGUCUAUUAUAUAGAGUGGCGAAACAAAAUAUGAUUAUCGUUACGUUAUACGCAUGCUGGUGUUUCGUUUUCAUAAUGUAGUGAGUGCUUUGGGUGCGUGUACAGUUUGUGUCGUGUUCGUCAGCAGCUUCUUCGCGGGAAAGCCACAGCGACGAUGACGUCGACGGUGUUUCUUCUGAGCCAGCCUGUCCAACGUGUGUCUGUGUGCGUGUGUGCCGUUUCGUCGUCCUCGUCUGAAUUCAUCCGCGUCGCGUUUCUCGGCUCUUUUUCUUCCGAAGGCUGUUUCGGUCGUUCACGUGUAAAUAAAGCGAUCCUCGCUGUACAUUAAAGCAUGUCAU